CCUGGUGUUGUGUGCCAUAGACUUUGGACUGGCUGCAGGGCCACUCUGUCUCUUAUUUGUCUCUUCAAGAGAAUCAGCAGGGAUAAAAGCGGCCUUCAAAUCUCUGUGGACUGCUGCUGGUGGGAACUUAGUUACCUUCUCCGCUCGAGUGCACCAGUGAGUACCUGGCCAGUGAGGACAAUGUAUGAUCUCCCAGAAGAUGGAUCUUUCAUGUUCACAUCAGAGUCGGUAGGAGAGGGGCAUCCAGAUAAGAUCUGUGACCAGAUCAGCGAUGCCGUUUUGGACGCUCACCUGAUGCAGGACCCAGACGCCAAAGUGGCCUGUGAGACAGUGUGUAAGACCGGCAUGGUGUUACUUUGUGGAGAGAUCACAUCUCGAGCCAACGUGGAUUACCAGAAGGUGGUGAGGGCUGCAAUCAAAAACAUCGGUUAUGACAACUCUGAAAAAGGUUUUGACUAUAAGACGUGCAAUGUGCUGGUGGCUCUGGAGCAGCAGAGUCCGGACAUCGCUCAGGGAGUCCACAUCGAUAGAGAGGAGGAAGAUAUCGGAGCAGGAGACCAGGGUCUGAUGUUUGGCUACGCGACAGAUGAGACAGAGGAGUGCAUGCCUCUCACUAUCGUCUUGGCGCACAAACUCAAUGCAAAGAUGGCUGAACUCAGACGUAAUGGCGUCAUCCCUUGGCUCCGCCCUGACACUAAAACACAGGUGACAGUACAUUAUGAACAGAAGGAUGGAGCUGUGAUCCCAAAGAGAGUCCACACCAUCGUGAUCUCUGCCCAACAUGACGACAAUGUCACCCUUGAGGAGCAACAGAGGGCCCUGAAGGAGAAGGUGAUCAACGCUGUUGUUCCUGCUAAAUAUCUGGACGACAAAACCAUCUACCACCUCCAGCCUAGCGGCCGAUUCGUCAUCGGAGGACCACAGGGUGACGCUGGUGUAACAGGCAGGAAGAUCAUCGUUGACACAUACGGAGGUUGGGGUGCUCACGGUGGCGGCGCUUUCUCCGGCAAAGAUGUCUCUAAAGUGGACCGCUCCGCUGCCUACGCGGCUCGCUGGGUGGCCAAGUCGCUAGUCAAAGCCAAGUUGUGUAGGAGGGCGUUGGUUCAGGUGUCCUACGCUAUUGGAGUGGCGCAGCCUUUGUCCAUCUCCGUGUUCACCUUCGGCUCCUCAGAGAAAAGCGAGACAGAGCUGCUUCAUAUCGUCAACACCAACUUUGACCUGCGGCCAGGAGUUAUUAUAAGGGAACUGAACCUGAAGAGGCCAAUCUACCAGCAGACAGCGGCAUACGGCCACUUUGGUCGACCAGAAUUUAGUUGGGAGGUCCCGAAAAAGCUUAUUUACUAAUUAUGCCACCCGUUGGUCCUACUCAGUUUUGUUGUAUGAACUACAACUGCCAACUCCAACUGAAAGGACUAGGGUUACUUUUUUAUUAUUAAAAUCAAAAGCCAAAGUUAGGGAUAUGACAGGCAUGAUUUGAGAUUUUGGUGUCAACGUUUUUGGGGCAACAACAUAAUUGAUGUGGUAUUGUGUUGGUAGCCUCCAGUUACAGAAAAACAUCCCAGAGGAUAUCUCAGUUAGGCCAAUUGCCACACAUAAUUUUGGACCACGACUACCAAAUUGUGGCAGGUUCUAGGGAUAGUCUUGGACACUCUGGAUAAGUCAUGACUAAACAAGAUGCUGCCAUGACUGUUUCAAACUGUUGAAAACUUUUAUAAGUCCUCUUGCUGCCACCCUGUGGUCUUGUUUCAUCUUGCUGCCAUCUUGAAAGCAAUCGUGGGCAUUACUGGAAAUUAAUUUCAAGUCAGGGUUACAUGUUUGUUGUUAAUGUUGCAGUGCCGUACAGGACUCACGAUAGUCUUUAUGCUGCAAUCUUUCUGGAGCCUUGCUGUUGUAAUAAGGUCACAGUGUUAGCAUGUGGUCAUGAUUAAUCGCAACUUUGACACAGACAGUCGUGGUCAAAACCGUGUAUAUGAGAAUGUGUCCUUUAAUUUUACCUCACAAAACAUCCAGACAUGGAUGCUUUAAAAAUAUAUGCACAGUCACUCAUCAAAAUUUUCCUGAGUUAGACAAAAA